AUGAAGAGAUAAAAAAAAUCGACGACAACAGUAGAUAUAUAUUAUUUGGAAUGCCUUAUUAAUAAACUUAUAAGAUCGAAUACAAAUAAUUAGCUUAAUCCUUAAUCUCUAAGAAAUCAUAUUGAUAAUCAAUUAAACAUAUCUAAACGAGCUACUUUACGUAAGUAUGAUAAUGAAUAAAUUUAGAUAAAUAAAAUCCAUAAUAAAUUGAAAACAAAAUAUAGGCGAGUUCUUUAUAUUAACAAAAAAAAUUGCAUAUUCAUUCUAGGCCUUUUUCAGAAGGCUAAAGCAGAAAAUUUCAUCAAUUUAAUUUAGAGGAUUAACCUACAUUACCAAUGAAAAAUAAUUUAUUAAAGUAGAUAAAGAAUUAAAUGAUGUUUACUCGAUAAUAAUUAUGGAGUAAACAAGAGAAUAGAGAAAACAAACAACAAUCUGAGAUAGUUAAUCCAUUAACAGUUUCAAAAAAGCCAAUAAAAAUAUUUUCUAUAAAUCUUAAGGCAUCUUUUAAACAAGUUUCAAACACAAGUAGAUUGAAUACUGGGUUGAAUCUCAGUAACUAAAGAAAUUUCUCUCCAAUUAGAACAUUUACAGAUAGGCCUUAAGUUGAUCUAACUGGUUGGUAAACGAAAGAGGAUGUAGAAUGGAUAUGA